AUGAAUGACAUGAACCUGAGUCCCGUGGGCAUGGACCAGCUCAGCGUGCCCUCAGUGAGCGCCAGCCACCUGGGUCUGCCCACUUCUCCCACACACAAUCCCAUCCCCGCCCCAGGCAUGCCGGUGGCGAUCCCCAGUCUGGGUCCCUCGCUUGGCUCUCUCCCGUCUGCCCUCUCUCUGAUGCUCCCCAUGGGUCCGCUGAGUGACAGAGGGGUGAUGUGUGGCCUGCCUGAGAGGAACUACUCCCUGCCGCCUCCUCCGUAUCCCCACCUGGAGGGCAGCUACUUCCGACACCUGCUGCCGGGUAUUUUGUCCUACCUGGCGGACCGUCCUCCCCCUCAGUACAUCCAUCCUAGUAGCCUUAACAUGGACGGGACCCUCUCCGUGGCCAGCAACAAUCCCUCAAGUCUGGACCCCUACAGUGGACCUGGCGGCCCACUGGAGCAGGGCCUGGUGCCCAUGGACUCCAGACAGGUCAACGGUCAGGGAGACCUUCACCAGACUGGCCCUCAUGAGCUGGACUCCACAGGGUUAGCCAUGGAGUCGCGCGUCAACAGCCCCCUGUCCCCUGACCGGAUGGGGGAGGAGCUGGCCAGCAUGGACGGGGUGGGCGUGGUGGUGGCGGUGUCCGACGGCCAGCAGCAGCUCAGCGGAGGACGGCAGCCUCAGCCUCACGAAGGGCUGACGGGGGUGAGCUCCUCCGGCGGGGUGAUGCCUCUUCACGGGCCGCCCGUGCUGGAGCUGCCCGUCGUGAUGGAGUCGGACCACAUGGGGGGCCGGGUGGGAAGCGCCGGGACAGGAGGGGCAGCCGGGGGGCUCGGGGAGCAGCUCCACGGCAACGGGGAGAUGAACCCGAGCGUCGUGAGCGUGGUGCUGACCGGCUCCAUGUCCAGCCAGAGCCAGCUUGAGCCCGUGUCUCUGCACGGACACUCGGGGAUGGGGCUGGAGGCGGUGAACGUGUCCUCCAUCACCGCCGAGGUGUCCCUCGGCCCGGAAAGCAACCUGGUCCUCGUCAACCCCACCCUGCAGCUGGAGGAUCCCGCUCCCAGUAAGGAGAACAUGGACCCUCCCUGCUCCAUCUGGUGCACCCUGUGUGAGCGCUCGUAUACCUCAGCCUGCCCGGAGCACGGCCCCGUCACCUUCAUCCCUGACGCUCCCAUUCAAAGCAGGGCUCGCCUGUCUCUGCCGCGUCCUCUGUGUCUCCGCAUCUCAGUGACCGAAGAACCGCUCGGGGUGUUCGCACGCGACGUCAUACCCCCGAGGACCUGCUUCGGACCAAUGGUGGGCCAGCACUGUAGCAACGUGGAUCUCUCCGAUUGGCCGGAGAAGGACACGCCUCAGAUUUGGAAGAUGUACCACAACAACGUGCUGGAGUUCUACAUCGUGACAACAGACGAGAACGAAUGCAACUGGAUGAUGUUCGUGCGCAGGGCGAGGAGCCACGAAGAGCAGAAUCUGGUGGCAUACCCCGCCAACGGUAAGCUGUUCUUCUGUACGACCACAGAGAUUCACCCUGACCAGGAGCUGCUCUUCUACUACAGCCGCGACUACUGCAGGCUGAUGGGUGUUCCUCAGGUCCCCGAUGGCCAGAUCUGCCAGUGUGGCAAAGAGUGCUCCUCAUUCUCUGAGCUCAAGUCUCAUCUUAACAGCCAUAACAGCAACCACAGCCAUAACCAGCCUCCGCACAGCCACAGCCCGUCGCUGCAGCACCACGCUCCGGCGCAGCAACAACAACCAGCACCUCCUCAGCAGCAACAAGAGCUGCAGUCACAGCAGCCGCAGCACGUUCCUUCUGAGGAAAAGCUUCUCAACGGCACAUCGAGCUCCUCGUCCUCCCCCUGGCCCUGUAACAAUCCCGCCGCGGCACAAAACGAGGGCAACAGCAGCAACAGCAGCAGCAGCCGCGGCAAUAACAGGACCUCCAGCAACGUUGCCUCCAGAGGAAAAGGCCAGGGCAGCGCGCGGGAGAGGAAGUUCAAAUGCAGCAUGUGCUCGCGGGCUUUCAUCACGUCCACGAAGCUGAACGUGCACUUCAUGGGCCAUGUAGGGAUGAAGCCUCACAAGUGCGAGUACUGCAGCAAGGCGUUCAGCGAUCCCAGCAACCUCAGGCAGCACCUCAAGAUUCACACAGGUCAGAAGAACUUCAGAUGCACCGUUUGUGGGAAGUCGUUCACUCAGAAAUCUCACGUGGCCUCACAUAUGCUCAUCCACACCGGUGCGGAGAAGCUCAAGUGUGACCUUUGCGACAAAUCGUUCAUCAGGAAACAAGACCUGAGGCAACACAUGUUCUCUCACACAAACGAGCGGCAGAUUCAGUGCACAAAGUGCAACAAACACUUCCUGAAAACCAACCACCUGAAGAAGCACAUGAACUCUCACGAGGGCAAGAGAGACUUCGUCUGCGAGAAGUGCCACAAAGCUUUCCUCACUAAAUACCACCUCACACGUCACCUCAAGAUCUGCAAGGGGCCAAAGAGAGACAGAGCGACACGAAAGGAGCAGAACGCUUUGAAGGAAGAGGAGGAUGAAGAAGAAGAGGAGGAGGAGGAUGAAGAAGAAGAAGACGACGAAGAGGAUAGCCAAGGAAGAAGAAGAGAUGGAGAGAGACUGAAUGAUGAGGACUAUGGUUUAGAUGUUGGCGGUUAUAACUCUGAGAAAUCCCUGUCCCCUCCUCAUUAAAGACAGAGUGCCUCUUGCAAUGUUUGUUUUAUUUAUUUACUGUACUACAAUACUAGUAUUUGGUAUUUCUGAUAUGCCAUUUACUAAAAAUAAAAUAAAAUCAGUGCAAACAUCUUUCAUAAAGAAAAUCAACUGAUGCCACAUUUUAUAUUAUGACAUACAAUUAUUUUUAAUUUCUCUUAAGAUAUUGAUGCUGCUAUGGUAUUUGUUGUAUCUGUAAAAUUCUGUUAAUUUUGCCAGGCGUGUUUUUAUUGUCUUGGAAGUAAUUGUUGAAUAUCCAUUAAGUUUUUUUUUUUUUUUUUUUUUUCAUGAUGUCCUGAAAUUAUCUCUAUUAUCCUAUUGACUUUGCAGGAACUGCCAUUUUCUCCAUCACGGAAGCGCUUGUGCGUCCAUGUUAUGACUACAGUUUUGCAAUUAAAAUCGUUUUAAAUGUUGGUUGUGUUUGCCAGAACACGAACAAAUUGGCAUUAA